GUUUCGAACGCACUACAAAAACCGACCGGUGAUAUGUCCUGACGGUAUCGAUUCGUUCAAAGCACUCGUUCAGACUGUACUUACAAUUGUGCUGCUAAGGACUUACUUGCAGUGAGCGUCAUUCGGAAAUCGUAACACCAGACACGAUAAGAGUUGCGUAGCCCUUGACCGGUGAUGGAAUAUGGGGACUACGAAUCACGGACGCGGCACUCGCCUCGGUCCCGGACUCCCCCGCACGAUGGAGAUGCCCCGUGCCGAGCAUGCACUAACUUCAAAUCAUUAUUGAAGUCCAAAUCGGGGAAGGCCACUGCUGUGCCCAAAGAUUGUCCUCUAGAUCGAGACCAGCUCGGUCAGCACACAUGGUCCUUCUUGCAUACCGUAGCGGCGUAUUUCCCGAAGAAACCCAGUCUCGAGCAGCAAGCAGGAAUGAAGACGUUUCUGGACUUGCUUGGCAAAUUCUAUCCAUGCGACCAUUGCGCUGCGGAUUUCAGGACAGAGAUGGAGCAAUCUCCACCGAAGGUGUCUUCGCGAGAAGCUCUCUCCCAGUGGAUGUGUGAACAGCACAAUAUUGUCAAUCGGAAGUUAGGAAAGAAGGAAUUUGAUUGUACAAAGGUUCUGGAAAGAUGGUUACACGGCCCAGAGGACGGCAGCUGUGGAUAG